GCGACAUAUGAUCUACCCGUUCUCACUUUGCAUUAAUGACGUUGUAGCGGUUCGUCCGGGGGAGCUGAUUGUUUUGUUUCCGUUUCCAGUUUCUGGUCGUCGGAAAUAACAGCAGGUUGCAGAUCCGACUCUGUGCAGCCCGUCACAAUGCACCCGAUGCCUGUGUGCUCCGUUAGCUGUGGAGACAUAUUUGACUGUAUACAGAGGGGAAAUAUUGAACAGUGUAUCUACUUCGUGCAAAAUGACAGAUCAGUCCUCAAACAAAAAGGUUGGGGGGGUUUCAGCCCUCUCCACUACGCUGCCCUCCAUGGUAACCGCGCCCUGGUUGACUUUUUCCUCACUUUCGGCGCUGACCCUAACCUGAGAUGCGAUGCAGGACAGACUGCCUUUCAUUUUGCCUGCAGGCAAGGGAACAUCUACAUCAUACACCAGAUGAUGCAGUACGGAGCUGAUCUGCGCCUCAUAGAUCUGCAGGGGAAAACAUCACUGCAUCAUGCAGUGACCGGGGGAAGCAUUGUUGCGGUGCACUAUCUGUGGGAGACAGGAAUGUUCCGGUUCUCAGACACAGACAAGUACCGGGUGACCCCUCUUCACCUGGCUGCUUCCACUGGAAACACAGAGAUGGUUCGGUAUUUGCUCAAAAACCAGAGGUGUUCUGUGGAUGCAGUUGACCAGCAGGGGGGGACAGCGCUUCAUGUAGCUGCAGAGCGGGGAGGAGUGGAGGUGUGCUGGACGCUGCUGCAGAGGACGGGCUGCAGGAUGCUCUACGAGAAGAACCACAGCGGCCUCACACCACUGGAGCUCAGCAAACAGGGGAAAACAUUCAGACAUCAGCAACUCACCAAGCUACUGAGUCGGUACAUUAAUGAGCCAAUACACCACAGGCCCACCGAGUCCCAUGUUUUGUAUUAUUGGACACUGUUCUUUCCAUCCCUGGGUGGAGCUUCCAUCCUGCUGAUAGCGGCCAUGUUGGGAGGUUAUGGGGGGUUAAUCUGUGGGUUGCUCUUCCCCUGGUUAGCCCGGAGCAUUUUCACACAGUACCACCGUAUGACCACGUACCAAAGGUUACCCAACCCGAUCUACUUGGGGACCCUCAUAGCUGGCUUGUUCCAUUCCCUGCUCUGCUUCUAUGGGAAAAUAAUGCCGAAUAGUGUGUGGCCGACCAGCGCUCUGGUCCAGGUGUCAAUGGUCCACUUCUCUCUAGUCCUUGGUUUGCUCUGUAAGGUUCUGACUCAGGACCCGGGGGCUCUGGACAGAGCGGACGCAGAUCCUCGGUUCUCCUGCAUCGCUGACCUGGUGGAGAACAACCAGAGCCAUCACCGGUUCUGUCCGUACUGUGAGUUGUUUCCUCCUGACUACACCAAACACUGUAAGCUGUGCGACAUGUGCAUUAGAGACUACGACCACCACUGCCUUUUCCUCAACCGCUGCAUAGGACGGGGGAACCACCGCCUCUUCCUCUUCUUCAUCCUCUCCAUGGUGAUCGCUCACCUUCUUUUCGCCGCCACGGCAACCAGUUACCUGUACGACAGGCUUCCCAGAAGCAACCACAGCCUGUCCAUGUGGCUCAGUCUGAUCGGGGAGGAGUUCUGGGUUGUGGUCAUGAUCGUUUUGAACGCUGUGACAAUCUUUUGGGAGGCGUGGCUACUGACCGAACAGUUCGAUGCGGUUGCCACGGGAACGACAACUUACUUCAGACAGUGUGAAAGCUCAGCGAGGCAGAGGUCGAUGGCGCAGCGCUGGGUCAUAGUGAUGUCGUUUCUGCUGGAGGGGCGACGACGGGUGGGCAGCGGAAACGCGAGAGAUGAUAAAACUGCCAUAGACAUUUAAAACAGUCGGUUUGUUUUCUGUCCGAGGGAACAGAAUUCAUUCUAUCAUCGAUAUACAAAGAUAUACCGUGCAUUCUACGUCUGCAGCGUCUGUGGUGUGCACAUUGUGAUAAUAUCCUCUUUAGAUUUAGAUUACUCUCUAAUGCCAUAAAAAGCUUUGUUUCCACCAAAGGACGUUUCAGACAGGAACUAGGGACUUUACCAAAGGGACUAGGGUUAAAAUAAGUUAUGGGGGGGCGGUGGUGGCGCAGUGGUUAGUGCGCGCACCCCAUGUACGGAGGCUGCAGUCCUCCAGGGGGACGGCCCGGGUUCAAAUCCCAUCUGUGGCUCCUUUACCGCAUGUCAUUCCCCACUCUCUCACUCCCUGAUUCCCAACUCUGUCCACUGUCCUAUCUCUACAUUAAAGGCACAAAAAGACCAAAAAUAAAUCUUUUAAAAAAAAAAAAAAAUAAUAAUAAUAACUUAUGGGAUCAGAUUCUUUGAUCUUAGCAAAAAAUGGGCUGUAGGAAUUUAGUAAUUCGUUGUGAAGUAGCCCCUGGAACAAACAGUCCCGGGUAAUUUGGUGGAAACCGUUGACUGUACAUAAAGAUGGACGAUCAUCUCCACCUCUUCCAGAAAAAAAAAAAGUUCAGCCAAAAAUAUCCCCACAUACCCCAUAUGGGCGCUGACAUAUUGCACUAGUGAGGUCAUUUGGAGACAAAGUUGCGCAGUAGACUCUGCCAUGAUAUUGACAUCCCGCCCCUUUUGAAUAAUCUAAACACACAUUUAAAUUUAACUUACCAUAAAAAAAACUGGAAAGAUUUUCCAGGUUGGUACAGUCUAGGGUAGAACAAUUUAUUUAGCAUAUAAUCACAAUUAUGGAAUUUGAAUGACGUUAUGCGAGUGUUUGCUGUGUUACUCUUCUCGCUGCUCCUCCUCUAAUCUGGCAUUUGUCAACAGAGCUCUCAAUGAUGGCGUUAUAUGACUUUUUAUAGCCUCAAAAAAAUAAUUAAUUUUUAACGCAUGCACAUACAGUAAAUGCUCCAAAAUCCAACUCAGCAGCAAGGAAGUGUGGACAACAGGACAUGAGGAAUGCAAAAGAGAAAUCCUUCCUGCAUCUUAUCCCAUCUCUCCCCCUAUCCCAUUUUUCUUAACGAUGAGUACGGUCUUUAACCUGCUCUUUUGUAAAGCACCUCGAGUUAACACUUGUUAUGAAUUGGCGCUAUACAAACAAUGAUAGAAACUAUAUUUGAGGAAAAACUACCUUUGAUGUGUAUUUUGAUUUUUAUAGUUUGGCUCAUGUCUCAUCUUUUAACACUCCGGAGCCGGCAUUAUAACCUAUACUGCAGCCAGUCAAUAGGCGGAGCUCCAAAUGUUUUGGCUUCACUUUUGAGGCGCUGUCAUGUCGUCCAUGUUUUUUUUUGCAGUCUUAACGCAGCCUAACGUGUUGUACUUGAACUUUUGAUGUGGGCAUGUCUUCAUAUUCUAUUUUAAUAUACCACAGGAGCAGAAUGAAUACCACUGAAGUUUAUGUGUAAGCUUAGUAUUAAGAGACCUCACUGAACAGUUAUUUUUUUUUAACUUGUCUGUUUACAUCACUUUGUCUAAAUGAGCAGAUAUUUCCUUAACUGUGUUUUAGCAGGGAACUCCUCUGAAUGAACGCUCACCUUUGCACCUGUUUCUAUACCACCCAUUAGCAUGUUUUUUUUUUUAAAUCAUGUUUUAAAUGGAAGUGUGUCUUAGAUUCAAACGUAGCUCAAAGUUGUACAGAUGUGUGUACUUGCAAAAUUAGCAAGUCGUGUUAUUAGCUAAUUGUUAAUAGCUGGUGUGCUUAAAAGUCUUUGUUCCAGAUAUAAUGUCAUUACCUCUCUGACCUGCUCCCAGCCAUGUCGGCCAUGACACUUCCUCCGCUCACGCUAAUGAGACGAGCUCUUUUCAUGUCUUCAAUUACACACACUCAUUUCCUUUGUGUCCCUCAGGACCAUAUUUCUAGAUUAUAGAUGACACUCCCCAGUCCCCUCAGAGACUGGUGUGUGUCUGGAUGUGAGUAGUUACAACCCUGAUAGUAUUUAAUGUCUGCCGUUUAAUGUGUUCAGCAUAUGUAGUGCUUCUACUGUAUUUCUGUGUGAAUGCAUCAGUGUUAUUAUAUUUAAUUAGCAUUUUUGUUGUGACCCUGGUUUAUUUAAGGUGCGCCCAUGUGUUUUAUCUCUUUUGUUUUUCAAGAUGUUACCUUGUUGGUGCCAUGAUGGUUUCAUGCUCUCUGAAAAAUGUUGAAUAAAUCACUGAAAUCUGC